AUGUUUUCACAUCGUAGUCUUGCAUUAUAUGGUGGACAUGAAGAUGAAAUAAAUUGUCUUAUUUUUUCAUGUGAUCUUGAAAUACUUCUCACAGGAUCAAUUAAUGGAUUUAUUCGUUUAUGGAAUACUGUAUUCGAUCAACUAACAUUUAAAAUUCACGAAAAUGCUGGCGUUGUUCGAGCAUUAGCUAUUUCAAACAAUGAUAAAUAUUUUGCAUCAGCUGCUAGUGAUACAAACAUUCAUUUAUAUGAAACAAGAACAGGUCGUUUAUUAUAUAUACUUACUGGUCAUACACAUUCAUCUGAUUGUCUUCAAUUUUCCAAGGAUAGUCAAUUAAUAGCAAGUGGUGGUUGGGAUUGUCGAACAAUAUUAUGGAAUGUAAUAACAGGUGAGCAAGUUUAUGAUUUACAACAUCAUACAAGUGCAGUACAAUCAGUAUCUUUUCAUCCAAAUCUUAAUCUAAUGGCAACUGGUUCUCAUGAUAAUAUUGUCUUUUUAUACAAUUUUGACAAACCAUCACCAUUAACACCUAUUCGGUUUCAAGGACAUUUUGGUAAUGUUCGAGCAUUAGCUUUUUCAAAACUACCAUAUUUAGCAUCUGCUAGUUGGGAUAAGAUUAUUAUAAUUUGGCAUACGGAAUUGGCUCGUAUACAUGCUCGUUUGUUUGGCCACGCAGGAUGGAUUCAAGCUGUUACUUUUCGUGAUGAUGAUGAAGGUUCUACGUUAGCUAGUGUUGAUGAUGAGAGUGUUCGUGUAUGGGAUAUAUUUACUGGUGAUUGUAUUCAUCGACUUUCGAUUAUUAAUGAUUUCAGUUGUUGCGUUAGAUUUUUACCAAGUAAUCGUGGACUUUUAGUUGGCGGCGCUAUUUAUGAACUAUUAGCAGAACAAUCUACACGUCCUGUAGAACGACCACGUACAAAAAAAAUACAUGAACGAGCAACUGGUGAAACUAUCUUAUUACCAAAACAACAGUCGGUUUUAUUAAGACAAGCAAGUCGUGUUAAAAGUGCUAAAUCUUCAAUAAUUCAAUCACGUCCAACUACAGCACAAUCCAUACUUCGAAAACCAUUACCUGUUGACUAA